UCUUUAGUGUUGUGACAUUGACUUUGAGUAUACCCAAUUGAAAACCGGAAUCAGAAUAAUUGACGUCUCUUUCAGCUAAUUAUAACAAAGAAAGUGGGCGGUGCAGGAAGCGCUUUGCUGUUGGGACUGUCCACGGUUGUUGUACGCGCAGGCUGGGACUAGCAGCAUGGCGGAAGAGGAGAGUGAUCAGGAAUCAGAGAGAUUGAGAGAGGAGCUGGAGAGUUCAUUGCAGGUUGCGGUUAGGCUAGACUUGGAACUACGGACUGCCGAAUAUUGUUCCAGGUUCUGUCAGGUUGUUGAAGAAUAUGCAGGAAGGUGGCAAGUCCCUUUGCCCCAGCUCCAGGUGCUGCGGACUGCUCUGUGUUGCUUUACCAGGGGCAUUGCUUCCUUCCCAGCUGAAAGUGAGCAAAUACAAUAUGUCUUGAGUAGCCUAGCAUUGAGUUUUUUUGAACUUCUACUUUUCUUUGGAAAGGAUGAGUUCAUCGAGGAUCCUUUGAAGGAUAUUCUUGAAUCAUUUCAGGAAUGCCUCGCUUUUUUAUCAAGAUACAAAAAUGUUUAUUUGAGGCUGGUGAAACAGGUAAUUGAAGAAGGAGGCCCAUGGGAAAACCCAGUACUUCAGGCAAUCUUGAGAGAAGAUUCUGAACCUAAGGAAUCAGUGGAUCAUUACUUAAGCUCAGAAAUUUCAGACUUCUUUGAGUUUCGAGUUCGAUACCUGCUUGCCUGUGAACGUAUCCAAGAAGCAGUAGCUCUCUCAAAGUCCUGCAUCCAACAUUCAGAAGUUGGCAAGAAUCUCUAUUUCCAGCAGGCCUACUUAACUUGCCUUUAUAAGGCAUCUUUAUAUGAUCAUCUCCAGAGAGAGAUAGCUGGGAUAGAUGGGAAGGAUGCUGUUGAAAUCAUCUGUAACACAGAAAGAGAAGAGAAGGAUGACCUUCUUUUGAAUUUGUGCAAAGUGUUCUUGUUACAGCAGCUUCAGAAUGGGGACAUGUACUAUAUCUGGGAUCUCAUCUUUACAUGGAGCAAGCUUCAGCUUCGUGGUAACUCCUCCAAACAAGAUUUUUUAGAAGAAUGUCAGCAGCUGUUACUGGCAGCAACGAAUGUCAAAAUAAUUUUCCCGUUCAUGAAGGUUAUUAAAACUGAGCUGGGCAUUGAAGGCUUACAACUCUGUGUAGAACUGUGUGCAUUUGCUCUACAAAUGGACUUGUGUGAUGAUCCUAUGACUAAAUCUCUUGUCUACAAAAUGAUUGCUUAUUUGUUACCAAAUGAUUUGGAAGUAUGCAGAGCCUGUGCUCUCUCUGUGUUUUUCCUGGAGCGCACAGUAGAAUCCUACAACACUGUUUAUUGUCUUUACAUUCAUCCAGAUCAAGAAUAUCAUGUUGACAUGAACCUGAUCAGAAAUCACAUACGUUUUGAGUUACUCCGGAUUAUAAAGAGAGGCCUAUAUUUUGAUCCAGAGUUUUGGAAUCUAAUUAUGCUACGGACGAACUGUCUUCCUUUAAUGGGGGAGAAAGCUAUUUUUGUUUCUUUUCAAGAAGAUGACGAUGAGAAAAUAAUGAAUAAGUGUUCUGUUAAAAAACAUCUUAAGUAUCCGAAAGAACCUGUUAGAGAAAUAAGUGGUCCAUUACUACCACAGUCAAAAAAGAGACCCGCACGUUCCACCCAGAUCCAUAGUGUGCCAGUAGAAGUUCCAGCUAAAAGUCUUGGGAAUGGUACUUUGAAAUACCGUCUUCGACAACAAGAUAACAGCUGCCGUAGGCGUUCCCUCAGACAGCAUGAUAUGAUUCAAGAAGGUUCUCUCAAACAGCAUGAUGCAAUACAGAAACGUCCCCCAAGGCAAUCCUAUAGUGCAUCCUCUCGGUAUUGUAUAAGGAGGACAGACAAAACACCUGAGGAACCUCCCAAAAGAAGAGGAAGGAAGCCAUCCAUACUCCGCAUUCGCCGAAGGGGUAGACCUCCCAAAAAUUUAGCAAUCCAAGCAGAAAAAUUUGCUUGGACCAAACAACAAAAGGAAUCUUUGGAAAAGCCACUUCUACAUAUGGAACCUAAAACUCCAACAGCUUCUAUUUUGUCAACUGAGGUCUUUUCAGUAACCAAUAAUGAAGUAGUAGCCAUUAAUAUGUCAGUUCCCAGUAACAUACAGUUUGAUGGUUGUUUGGAAAAUGCAGCUCCAUCCAUUCAUCCAUUGUCAAAUCAUCUUCAUCCAGUUUUAGGACAGUUGGGGACUGGAGGAUAUUCCGAAAGCACUGGGAGCAAGGCAGAAACCGUCACUGAACAGAUAGAAAAUGAAACCGAACAAGAUACGAUACCAGACCCAAUACUAAAACCUAAUGAGUCUCAAGAGGUUUCUGUUAUGCAGCCUUUAGUAGGGAUAUCUGAGAUCUCUAUGCAGCCACUUGAGGACGCUUCAGUAAUACCAUCUAAGCUAUCAGAUGAACAAUCUAAAGAGAAGCAGGUUUAUGUUGCUUGUCAAAGAGGAAGCGAAGCUUCUCAGCAGAUGAAUGAUGCAGCCUGUGAUAGUUCAUCUAGGCAUUCAGACGGAAUAAUGAUAGAAGAUCUUACCAUACAGUCAGCUGUGUCAACAGAAAUUAGCCCUCAGUCAAAUAUUAAGCAAACGCUUUUGGGAGAGACAGACAAGGAGGUAGCAGUACUCACCGUGGAAGCAAAUAUAGUGGGUGAUUGUAUCCAACAAACCAGUAAUACUGCGAAUAACUUUGUAAGUCCAUCUACUUCUGCACCUCAGACACAGAUACAUGAAGUAGAUAAAUCUGUUGUGUUACCUAGCAGUAAAAUCAACUCUGAAAAAGAUUCCUGUUCCGUUUGUUCAUCAAACAACCAUGCUUCAAAGCAUCGGUGCUUGUUGUGUAACCGAGAAUUUUUGGGUGGACACAUCAUGCGUCAUGCAAUGGGCCAUUUACACAAAGGGACUUUCACUUGUGUGGUUUGUGGUAGAAAGAUAAAGCGGCAGACUCUAAUGCUAAAGCAUCUUAAGGCCCAUGUUAAGAAAAUUAAACGACGACAGCUUGCACAGCCAGGGGAAAUGGACAAUGGCUGUACUCCUGUUGAAAAUGGCACUUCUACAAACUGUGAACAUAAACCAUCUGCACCACAUCUCAAAAAUAAACAGAAGACUGCCAAGCAGUCCACUUCAGUUGAAAACCACAUAAACCAACACAUAACUAUUUCCCAAAGCCAAAAUGACAAUCCUGACAGUUCUGUAAGUGGUUCAGAUAAACUUACAGAUUCCUUGGGGAUUCAUAGACCUAAUGGAUCUAUUCUUGAGAAGAAGAAAGGUGAGGGGCAGGAAGAAAGAUUUGAAUGCCCCGCCCAGGAUUGUGGAAAGUCUUUCAACCGGAAGUGGGCUCUCAAAAAGCAUGUAAGAAAAGUACAUCCACAUGAUGUUAAGGCACAUGAGUAUAUUAUGAAGUGGUCCAAGGGAAAGUGCCAGUACUGCCAAAGAAAAUUUAUUCACCCUCAGCACUACUUAGAUCACCUUAAUAGGCAUGGUAAUGACAAGAAGUACUUCUGCCUCCAAAUGAAUUGCAUAGAAAGAUUUAAGACGGCUAUAGACCUUAGCAAUCACGUAAAAGUCCAUGGAGAAUUCCAGUUACGAUGUGCUUUUGCAGAGUGCAAAAUGACAUUUUCUGAUUGUUCUGUGCUUCAUGAACAUGAGUGUAAACAUUAUCCUGCUCUACCUGUAGAAGAAAGGUUGGUAAAAAAUGUGAAAUCAUGUGCACUUAGCUCUGCAGUUGUCCGAGAUCAAGGACAAAUUUCAAGUAGCUGUAGCAAAACUGUGGCUGUGGAGGAACCACCAUUACCUAACUGGAAGCUUCGAAUGGAGUCUGUGGAGCCAAAGACGUAUUUGCAAAAUCUAGCCUCAAAGCAUAAUGUAUCCACAGAUGGAGACAAUGACGAGAACAUUGAGCAAAACCAUAAAAGUUUAGUUAUGCGCAUUUCCUCAGCAGAACCACUUUUGAACGGUCAUAGAGAAGAACACAACACUUCACCAGCUUUUUCUAAUCUCGGGGAAAAUAAAACCGGCAAAAAUGAAAAAGAGCCUGAUGUAGAUCUUGGAGGAGUGGAAAGCACUAUAAAAGAAUACAAACCCAUAGAAAACAUGCAUGAUUUGGGCACCACAGAAGUGAAUACUGAAAGAACAAACCUGUCAUCCAUAUCCCCCGAAAAUAUAGCUGACACUGCACAGAAUGACGCUGGCAAUUCCACGGUAAAGGAUUCUUCUUUGUCAAAACCACCGCUCAGAAAAGUCGCUACAGAAGAAGCAAUUCCUUAUGGUUGUAUCUCUAAGAAGCCAUUUGUUAGGCCUCCACCCUCCAGCUACCUUGAUGAACAAUUUAUUAGCAUGCCCAAGCGGAGGAAAACCUCUUCGCAAAAAGUAGACUCUACUGCUAAUGUGCAGGCAAGUGCCGAGAGCCACACCACUCAGAGGCACAGGUGCAGCAAAUGCUUUACUGUUUUUAAUGACUUGGAAGCACUGGACAGUCAUCUUGCACAAAAGAAAUGUCAGUCUCUGUUUGGCUUUGAUUCAGAUGAAGAAAGUAAGUAAUUAUUUCACGUAUUUGCAAUGCUGGUGUGCUAUUCUGUGCACUUCUACAAGAUAUCUUUGUAACUGCAUGGUCCAUCCAUAUAUGUUUUGAGCUUAAAAAUAUGUUUCUUCAGUAAACACCCUUAUCUGUUGCCA